AGGAGGAGGAGGAGGAGGAGGGGGAGGAGGAGGAGGAGGAGGAGGAGGAGCAGUGGGCGCCGGGCCCCUUGGAGCCCCCUGGUGGUGCGAGGGUAGACCGGUCGUCAGCGGUCUGUUCUCACGUGGGCGCGUCUCUCUCUGGCAGGCCAUGGUGGCGUGUUACCCGGGCGACGGGACCGGGUACGUCUGCCACGUGGACAACCCCAACGGGGACGGCCGCUGCAUCACCUGCAUCUACUACCUCAACAAGGACUGGGACGUCCAGCAGCACGGUGGCCUGCUCCAGAUCUACCCUGAGGGCCACAACGUGGUGGCCAACAUCGAGCCGCUGUUCGACCGGCUGCUCAUCUUCUGGUCCGACCGCCGGAACCCCCACGAGGUCAAGCCCGCCUACGCCACUCGCUACGCCAUCACGGUGUGGUACUUCGACGCCAAGGAGAGAACGGAGGCCAAGGAGAAGCAUCGGCUCGCAACCGGACAGAAGGGCCUGCAGGUGCCUGUCACUCAAAACAGGACAUGAGCUCGACCAUUGGCCAGCCUCCUUGUGCCUCCAGGUCUGCUGGGAACCCGCCCACAAUCACGUUAAACUGUGCAAGCCCCUCCCUUUCAGCCAUCCGUCCAUCACCCAGAACAAGCUGUGACAGCCCGUUUCCAAGCGCCUGAUUGGUCUUGCACAAAAGGAGGAGGGUCCUCUAGGACCCCUCAGAGUGACCGUCUAUAGAGAGAAGAACUGAACAACCAGGAGGAGGUCCUGCAGUGUUUACAGGCGGACGGACCCAGCUCCGUACCUUCCCUCCCUCGUCGCCGUCUCCAUCCCGUGGGCUCGCUCUCCUCUCGCUCUCCUCUCGCUCUCCUCUCGCUCUCCUCUCGCUCUCCUCUCGCCAGGGAACCCUUUGAGCGGCAGUGGGUCUAACAGAACGUGAGGCAGAGGCGUCAGAACUCUGACAGUUUCAUCUCUGGGUUGAGUUAUUAGAUUAUGAUCAACUGUGUGUGUGUGUGUGUGUGUGUGUGUGUGUGUGUGUGUGUGUGUGUGUGUGUGUGUGUGUGUGUGUGUGUGUGUGUGUGUGUGUGUGUGUGU